GUGUCUAUGUUGUGUGUCUGUGUUGUGUGUCUCAGGGUCAACGAUGUGAUCCUGAGGGUUAACGAGGCGGACGUCCGGGACGUGACCCACAGCCGAGCCGUGGAGGCCCUGAAGGAGGCGGGCUCGCUGGUCCGGCUCUACGUCCGCCGCAGGAAACCCGUCUCAGAGAAAGUGAUGGAGCUCAAACUGGUGAAGGGACCCAAAGGUCUUGGCUUCAGUAUAGCGGGCGGAGUUGGGAACCAGCACAUCCCGGGGGACAACAGCAUCUACGUCACCAAGAUCAUCGAGGGAGGAGCUGCUCAUAAAGACGGACGGCUGCAGAUCGGAGACAAACUGCUGGCUGUGAACCACGCCUGUCUGGAGGAGGUGAGCCACGAACACGCCGUCACUGCCUUGAAGAACACCCCCGACGUGGUCUACCUGAAAGUGGCUAAACCCAACAGUGUCUUCAUGAACGACAGCUUCGCCCCCCCCGACCUCACCAACUGUGAGUGAUGUGUCUUUC